CAACAACACAACUCCACGGCUUCCUCCAGGCUCCAGCACCGCUUGCUGCACUUGUGCCCAUUCACCGCCGUCGAACCCUGUGCAAUCCCUGACCAUCGAACAUGCCACGCGAUCUGCUAGCCGACAAGGCCCUGGAAUCAAUGCCCCAGUUGUCAAGAGAGCCCGCUGCUGCCAGCCCUCCGCCCGAGAAGUCCAAAGCAAAUCCUUAUGGAACCUCUUUGGUCCGCGUGGGAGAUCCCUUCAGCAAGAUGACCAACAGCAAGAUCCAUCCUUUCUCCUCAUUGCUCAGUGUAGACGAUCUGGACGACUGCGACUGGCUUGAGCAUGCCGCAUUCGAUCCAAUUGAGGCGGCAUCGCGGGAAAAGAUUGAGUACCGGCUGAGAACAUGCGGCGAGCUAUGUACCGGGAUUUUCUCAUCAGCGUAUCCCACCUCCCCAGGACCUCUAGGGGCGAUACAGAAGACACGCACAUUCCCUUCUGUUGACUCUCGCGACUCGGAUCGAAAACGUAUCCUGCUGGGUCACGUUAUCAGUACCAAGUCAUCAUCCAAGCUGGUCACUGACGAUUCCAUGGACUAUCCCAAGGAUUUCCGCACCAAGUACCAGCUCACACCCAGCAUCGGCCACAACGAGGAUGGUGAAACCGUUUGUCUGCAUUCGCUAUGUGUGCACCCCGACUUUGCAAGCCAAGGGCUAGGGAAAAUGCUUCUAACGAGCUAUGUGCAAAGAAUCAGGGACUCCGGAGUCGCGAGGCGCAUCGCCCUGCUGUGCCGAGAGCGACUGGUCGGCUUUUACGAGAGCGCCGGAUUCAAGAAAGUGGGGCCGAGCAAGUGUCAGUAUGGGGGCGGCAACUGGUACGACAUGGUCAUCGAAUUUGAUGGUGGCCACGAUGACCAUGACUUUUAAAACAUGCAUUCUAAAAUUGAAGCUUCUUCUUGAAGUCUGGCAUCCUAUGUGCACAAAUCUCUUUUGAACUCAGUUAAGCU